AUGGAGGAUUUCCAAUCUCCUAGAAUACGAUCUUACAAAUCGUAUGAAGGAGAUCGGAACCUCCAACUGGUUAAUCAUGUUGAUUUAAAACCGGUCAAAGGAAUUUACGUUGUUAGAGAAUCGAGACGUAAUCGAGUUCCAAUGUCAUCGGAUCUAUGGCGCAAGAUGUCUUACAAAGACUUGCCCGUUAGACCCCGAAGAUCCUCUUCUCAUUCAACAUCGUUCAAAGAUUACUAA